UAUGGCUAAAAUAAUUUCUUUUCUUGCUUCUCUGAUAAUUAUCCUUGCAAUAUUUACCCAAAAAAUCAAUGCUGUCGAUUACACGGUGACCAACAGGGCCGUAAACACCCCUGGCGGUGCCCGUUUCAACCGAGAUAUUGGUGCACAAUAUAGCAAACAAACAUUGGCAGCAGCCACUUCCUUCAUAUGGAACAUUUUCCAGCAGAACUCUCCUGCUGACCGCAAAAACGUGCAAAUAAUUAAUAUGUACGUCGAUGACAUGGGUGGAGUAGCUUAUACUAGCGGCAACGAGAUUCAUGUUAGCGCCAGGUACAUUCAGAGUUACUCUGGUAACGUCAAAAGAGAGAUUACUGGAGUACUAUACCACGAGAAUACUCACAUUUGGCAGUGGAACGGGAAUGGACGGGCUCCAGGUGGAUUGAUUGAAGGGAUUGCUGAUUAUGUGAGGCUCAAAGCUGGUUAUGCACCUAGCCACUGGGUGAAACCAGGGCAGGGUGAUCGAUGGGACCAGGGAUACGAUGUGACUGCUCGAUUUCUUGAUUAUUGUAACAGCUUGAAAAGUGGGUUCGUAGCACAGCUUAACAAGAAGAUGAGAACUGGAUAUAGUAAUCAGUACUUUGUUGACUUGAUGGGAAAGACGGUUGAUCAACUUUGGAGGGAUUACAAAGCUAAAUUCCCCACAAUGAAUGAACUUGUUUUAUUAGACCAAAUAUGAAAAAUAUUAUCUAAAUGUCUUUGUACAAAUUCAAGGCUAUAUGUGUUGUUGAAUAAUAAUAAUAAGCACAAAGGAUUAACUA